AUGAGUAGCAACAACUCAGAAGAUGAUUAUGCCUUCGGAGAACACCAUCAAUCCGACAAAGAAUUACAACAAGCCUGGUAUGAUGAUGAUGAAAUCGAUUUCUACCAGGAAGAAGAGGAUCUCAACGUUGAAGACCAGACAGUCGACCCUGAGCUGUCACAACCAAGUCCAACUUCACCUCCAUCCAAAUCUAAACCUAAGAAACAGGGCAUCAAGGGCAAAAAGACAUUUGGGUUGCCUCUUGACCGUGCCUCUUUCGAAACUUUCAUCGACGACGACACCACUGUCGACGAGCAAGGAUAUCCCAUCCUUCCUAACCGAAAUACCGUCUACGUCCGUCAGCCAGGCCAACCAAAGCUCACUAAUUGGGGCGCUUUCGCAUUUACUUAUACGACUUCCGGUGGGGGUACAAAGAACAACACCGCCACCUGGAGAACAGUCCGAUUCAAGUGCCUGGGUGUCAUUGUAUGUACAAACCCUGAUUGCGACUACCUCGGCUCGCCUCCCACAGCAAAAGACAAGAGACUGGAAUACCAGUCCGAAACUAAGAAGUGUCAAGCAGCUCGGUGUGAUGGUGAUCUUCGUCACAUUCAAUGCACCAACACUCUAUGUCGUAUGGACGAGCAUCGCGGUGGCUGGGGUAUCAUACGACACUCCGGUGUUCAUCUUCACCGAUGGCCACGACGAGGAAAGCCAGAUAAACUUUCACUAGCCAAAUUUGGCCAAAAGUGUGUCGAAAACCCGGAUAUUGGGCCGUUGCGACACAAGGUGGGACGAGCUCCUGCAGGCCAAAAGGAUAUUGUCACCGCCGCCAACAUUCAUCCGGCCCUUUCCCACCUGCAUCAAAUUGGUUAUUAUCGGCGAAAGCUUCUUUCGGACGCUGGGGUCAUACCUGCAAAGUCUGCACCAGGAUCUGGUGACAGCUUUAUUUUGGAUAUGAUCCAUUGGGCUGAACAAGGGUUGAGGAUGAUUUCGUGCUCAUUCCUGCUGCAAGACAUCCACAUGACCUUUCAAACGCAAUGGAUGGCCAAUCAGCUAUUAUCUCGCGACGAACACGACCAGAUCUAUUCUGGUGGCCUACUUUCGGACGUUACGUACAAGUUUUUCGCCAACGGCUAUCUGCUCUCAACCUCGAUGUAUCAUGAUGACCUUCGACGUUGGAUUCCGAUCCAACUGACUUGGUUGAAUGGUCUUACCGAAGAACACUACUGUGCCCACUUUACCACUCUGAUGAAACAGAUGCGGGAUGCUCAGCUCACCGACGACGAUCGUGAUACGCUGGUGCGCCAGGUUGUCGACUUUUCUGUGGCACAGAAAGAUGGUUUUAUCAUGGCGUACAUGGAUGUUUUUCAAGAGAACGACCGGGCAGUUGCAUUGGACAAGAUUAAAGGGUGCCAUGAGCAUUUUCGAGCUCAAGUCACCCGGGUGAAGAGAAAUCAUGUGAUUAUACCAGCUGGCGAAGAGGCAUGUGAUCAUUUAUAUUUAUAUUCAGCGAAACAUUCGAGCAAGAUGCUUCCGAUCUUUUGA